GCUUCCACAGCAGGAGCUGCAAAAGUGAAGGUAUUCAUGUGGUGCGUAUCAAUGAGAGCCUGCUGCAGCCUCUUGAUGUGAAGACCGACCCUGAAAUCCAGCACAGCCAAAAGCAGGAGAGCGAGCAGAUGAAAAGCCUCAAUAACCGGUUUGCCUCUUUGAUUAACAAGGUACAGCAUCUGGAGCAGCAGAACAGGGUGUUGGCCACCAAACGGGACCUCCUCCAAAAGAAGGUCCUGCCAUCCCAGAAGAACAUCAAGCAUGUCUUUGACAACUUCAUUUGCAGCCUGGAGAGGCGGCUGGACUCAUUGCUGCACAAGAGGGGGCAGAUGGAGCCUGAGCUGGAUGACAUGGAGAAGCUCAAUGACCCAGCAACCAGUCUCUUCCCUAACAGAUACGAGCAGGAAGUGAACAGACGCACAGCUGCCGAGAACGAGUUUGUGUUACUGAAGAAGGAUGCAGACUGUGUCUAUCUGACCAAGACAGAGCUGGAAGCAAAGCUGGAAACCCUAAAGCAGGAGAUAGAGUUCCUGAAAUGUGCUUCUGCUCAGGAAAUUGCUGAGCUGGAGAGAAGUCCCUGUGACACCUCUGUUGUGAAAAUAGACAGCAGCCGAGGCCUGGACAUGGAGGGCAUCCUCAGGAGUGUUGAGUGCUGGUAUGAGGACAUGGCUCAGAAAAGCAAGGCAGAGCCGGAUGCGUUGUACGGAACUAGGUGUCAAGAGCUUGAGGAGGCAGAGGGGAGACAUUGCAAUGAACUGAAGUCCCACCAGCAAGAGACUGAAGAGCUGAGUUUUGAGAUCCAGAGAAGGCAGUGUGACCUUGAAAAUAUGAAGAAGCAGGUCUCCUCUCUGCAAACAUCAGUUUGUGAUACUGAGCAGCGUGGGGAUUGUGCCUUGAAAGAUGCCCGGGAGAAGCACGCUGAGCCGCAGAAUGCCCUCCAGAAGGCCAUGGAUGAGCUGGCUUGCAUGCUGCGGGAUUACCAGGAGCUGCUGAAUGUCAAGCUGGCCCUGGAUAUUGAGAUUGCAACAUAUAAGACUCUACUGGAGGGCGAAGAGAGCAGAGACUACCAGAAGAUGAGUCAAAAAGGUCUCUGA